AUGGCGAUAACAGUAACGGGAAAGAUAGUGAUGAUACUCGUAUCGCUAGCAGUGAUAGGAGGUAUGACAGCCGUCAUACUGUUGGUGAUCAAUGAUCAAUAUGCAAAAGAUGAACCUGUGACCACCACCACGCAGCCUCCUCUCACGCUUGACUCAGCGUUGCCGUAUCAAGUAGGAGUCGGCAUAGCGGAUAUGACUGGACCAUGUGUUGAAAUUCAUUUUAUGGGUUACGCAGAGCUUGGGCAGAUAGGUGAAGGUAUACACUUACGCCAAUUCUCCCGAGCUUUUAUAUUUGUUCAAAAUAAUACGAGAGUAGUUUUAGUUACCGCUGAAGUUCAAGCUGUUGGCAUUGCAGUUCGACGAGCGGUAGUUGGAAAACUUCAAGAGCUAUACGGCGACAUGUACACUCUCCGCAAUGUGAUCAUAGCGGGCACGCACACGCACAGCGCGCCGGGCGGACAUCUUGUAGAUUUCCUUCUGGACAUCUCUAUACUGGGUUUUUCUAGAGAAACGUAUGACGCGUAUGUUGAAGGAAUUACGAGGAGUAUUGUAAGAGCACAUGACAACAUUGUACCGGCUAGAAUGUUCAUUGGACAGACUCAAGUGAAGGAUGCCCAUGUUAAUCGAUCUCCCUACUCUUAUGACAGAAACCCAAAGGAAGAAAGAGCGAGAUACACCUCAAACACUCACGACGUACUAACUCAAGUCCGUAUAGCGAAAGCCGAUGGAGAGCUUCAUGGUGUGAUGAACUGGUUCGCGGUACACACCACCAGUAUGAAUAUGAGCAACCACUUGAUAUCCUCUGACAAUCUUGGAUAUGCUGCCUUGCAGUUGGAAGCUUACCUCAACCCUGGACGACCUGCUGGAAAACCUUCCAUUGUAGCGGGUUUCUUCUCAGAAAGUUUAGGAGACGUUUCACCAAACACACAGACACCUAAAUGUGAAUUCAGUGGCGUUGAAUGUGAUAAUCAGUUCAAAUUAUGUGAGCGAUUUGAAAGAUGCUUUGCUUUCGGGCCUGGAGAGGACAUGUUCGAAAGUACUAGGAUUAUUGGAGAGAAAAUUUAUAGAGGGGCUUUAGAAGCGCUAGAUUCUACCGGUGAGGAGAUAGAUGGUGACAUAUCGGUGAUCCAUCAGUUCGUUGAAAUGGGACAAGAAAUCGUUCCUAAAUACGAUCCACUUUCUGAGGAAUUCUUAGCGAAUGACCGCGUGAAUGGCUGCGUGCCCGCGAUAGGGUACAGCUUCGCGUCCGGCACCACGGAUGGCGCUAACAUACUUAAUAUUACUCAGGGCACAAUCGAAGGUAAUCCAUUAUUGGAAGCAUUAGGCAAUGUUGUAGCGACGCCCACCGACGCAGACGUGGAGUGUCACGCGCCCAAACCCAUCCUACUGGCUACUGGCAGGGCCAACUUCCCGAUUCCGUGGCAUCCGCACAUAGUGUCCGUGUCUUUGAUCAAGCUGGGCCAGUUCUUAGUCCUGGGCGUCCCGGGGGAGCCUUCCACCAUGGCGGGGAGGCGCAUGCGCAGGGUGGUGGAGAAAGUCAUCGAGAACCGGGGGGUGUUAGGGAGUCGUGGGGUGGUGGUGGUAUCGGCGCUGUGCAAUGAGUACAUACAUUAUGUUACCACGUUUGAAGAGUAUCAAGUGCAGCGCUACGAAGCCGCCUCUACUAUCUACGGCCCGCAUACAUUAGACAUCUUCCUGCACAAGUUCCACGAGUUCACUUUAGCAGCUCUUAAUCGCAGUGCAGUGCCCGCCGGCGCGCCGCCCGCGGACUACACGGCCCGCGCGCCGUCGCUGACGCGCGCGCCCGCGCCCGACGCGCGCUGGCCCGCGCCCGGCGUCGCGCGGCGCCAGCCGCCCGCCACCGUGCGCGCCGGCGACAUCGUCACCGUUGAGUUUUUGACUGUGUUUUUGGAAGCAGUUUUAAGACAUAGAAAUACAAGUAAACCGAAAAAGAUAUGGAUCGACUAUGUGAAAGAGGAUAUUUAUGUGAAAGAUGUGUGUGCUGAAAUGAUGACUGAUAGAAGAAAAUGGAAGAAGGAAUCAUGUUUUGCCACACGAAAGGUGGGCGCAAACCCGCGCAACGACCUGCGCCAAGAGUCUACCUACGGCGAGGUGCAGCGCUACGAGCUCGGCCGCUGGGUGCAGGUCGCUACUGACGCAGACUGGGACACUAAAUUCUAUUGGAGGCGCGAGUCCCUGCUCCCCGGCACGAGCCGCGCCACGCUGCAGUGGCGCGCGCGCGGCGGCGUCCUCGCGCCGCACCGCGUGCUGUACCGCGGCGCCGCGCGCGCGCCCUCGGGGGGCCUCACGCACUUCACAGGAGUCUCUGAUAGCUUUUAUAUACAACCU